CUGAUUUUGGGCUGACUUUUCCAAAUCGCUUCCUUCCUGCUUCGAUGUUGUUAGGGUUCUAAGCUUCCUUUCGUCCUACUCCCUUUGUGAACUGAGCUUUACCAGGAUGGCCUCCACUACCACAGAAUCUUCUCGUAUUCUUCACGAAAUCGAGACCUUGAAAUCCGCCAGGUCCGACUUAGAUCGUCGUAUUUCAUCUCUCGAGUCCCAGCUCCGCGACCUGAAUCAUCACCAGAACAAUGGCGUCUCUCAUGCCCCUUCCGCUUCAUUAUCCACUCUCGACUCCACUUUUCCUCAUGGAUUGUCCCCCGACAUGAUUUACAGAUACAGUCGCCACCUCCUCCUUCCUACCUUCGGAGUCCAAGCGCAAUCGCGGCUUUUGAAGUCUUCGAUUUUAGUAGUUGGAGCGGGAGGGUUGGGCUCACCAGCUUUGAUGUAUCUUGCAGCUUGUGGGGUUGGUCGUCUGGGAAUUGUUGAUCAUGAUGUAGUUGAGCUAAAUAACAUGCAUCGGCAGAUCAUCCAUACUGAGGCAUAUAUUGGACGGUCGAAAGUAGAAUCGGCUGCUGCUACGUGUCACUCGAUCAACUCUACUGUCCAGAUUGUUGAACACAAAGAAGCUCUUCGUACAUCAAACGCUUUAGAAAUUUUUAGCAAAUAUGAUAUCAUAGUAGAUGCAACAGAUAAUGCUCCUAGCCGAUACAUGAUUAGUGAUUGUUGUGUGGUGCUGGGAAAGCCUCUUGUGUCUGGUGCAGCUGUAGGUUUGGAGGGACAGCUGACAGUUUACAAUUACAAUGGAGGUCCAUGCUACCGAUGCCUAUUUCCAACUCCCCCGCCAACAACAGCAUGCCAAAGGUGUUCUGAUAGUGGUGUUCUUGGAGUAGUUCCUGGGAUCAUUGGCUGUCUUCAAGCCUUGGAGGCUAUAAAAAUUGCAAGUGCAGUUGGUGAGCCACUUUCUGGACGGAUGCUUCUGUUUGAUGCCUUAGCAGCAAGGAUCCGAAUUGUCAAGAUUCGUGGAAGGUCGUUGCAGUGUGAAGUAUGUGGAGAAAAUUCUAAAUUCAAAGCAGCACAAUUUCAAGAAUUCGACUAUGAGAAGUUCACCCAGUCUCCAUUAUCUACGUCUCCUCUGAGGUUAAAACUACUGGAGCCACACUCAAGAAUAAGUGCCAAAGAGUACAGUGAUCGACUUCAUAAAGGCGAAUCACACGUGCUUUUGGAUGUCCGUCCCGAGCACCAUUUCAGAAUUGUUUCUCUUCCGAACUCCCUUAACGUUCCGCUGUCUAGUUUGGACGGAAGGCUGGAAGAAGUUGGUUUGGCUCUGAAGGGAGAGAAACAUAAACAGGGUUCAGACUCCUCCAGUGGUGAUGUUCAAUUAUACGUUGUUUGUAGGAGAGGGAAUGAUUCUCAAAGAGCCGUCAAGGCUCUCCAGGAGAAAGGGUUCAGUUCAGCUAAGGAUAUCAUUGGUGGAUUGGAGGGUUGGGCCCGCGAGGUAGACCCCACUUUCCCUUCCUAUUAAUUUGGUCGCCCAUUCUUGUAUAUUUUUUGCUUUGAACCACAGCCCUUUGCUUUCCCAUACACAAAUGGUUUACUUGUUUGUUUCACUCAGUAGCGACAGUUUUGAAAAGGAUGGUUACAAUGAUAAAUGCCACCUCUAUGACUGUUAGUUUCCUUAUAAUUUCUCCAUUAUAAUUUAUUAGCUUUGUUUGAUUUUUGUUA